CCGUAUGUAUUCAGAGUAAAAGCACAUUUGAAAGAUACGGCACAGAUGAUUCGUGAACUGGCUUCUAUAACGUGGAGGAAUAACUUCAUCUUGGUAUCUAUGGACGUGACAUCACGGUACACCAUAAUUGAGCAUGAAUUACCGUACAACUCAGUAAUGAAUACACUGAGGAAGAUUGGAGAUUUAGAAGAGUCACAAAUUCUUCAUUGA